AGCUGCUCUUCCCUUCUCUGGAAAGAAGAAGAAGAGUAAAAAACCCUUCCCCCUCCACGCUUCACGUGGAUUACCAUUACAAACCUUUCUCUGGCGUGUUAGGACAGCAGCUAACCAACACACUGACCACAAGGAGAAGAAGGCCCACACAACGAGAAGAAAUAAGAAAUAACAUGCAGCAUUUUUAAAUAAAAUCAUUAAUUGAAUUCUAGUUUUUAAAAGAAAUGGUUGAAUUAGAUGUUUUAAAUCAGGCACUCUUAAUCUAAUACUUUACCGACCAUGACCCCACUUUUACUCGGAUUUACAUUAGAACUACUGGAUCAUUCACAAGGUAAAAGUAAAUCUUUAAUCAGGUCACUGGUUGUUUGAGAAAAACCUGAGGAAAAGCAGGUUUAUCGUGUUUUGUGCAGGAAUAACCUCAGUGUCCAGUCCUGCAGGAGGAGAGAGUCAGUCCACAAAGAGGGACACGGCAGCGGUGCACACUGGGAGCAGACUGGCCCUGCAACAUGGCAGAAGGAGUUUGUAAGACCGAGGAAGAUGAGGGACCGAGCACCGAGGAAGACUCACAGUCCUUCCACGGCGUCGGCGUGUGCAAGUGGUUCAACGUCCGCAUGGGCUUCGGGUUCCUGUCCAUGACCACCCGGGAGGGAGAGCCGCUGGAGGAGCCGGUCGAUGUCUUCGUCCAUCAGAGCAAGUUGCACAUGGAAGGCUUCCGUAGCCUGAAGGAGGGCGAGGCCGUCGAGUUUGCCUUCAAGAAGUCAUCCAAGGGCCUGGAGUCUCAGCGAGUCACGGGACCAGAUGGUAUCCACUGUGUGGGCAGCGAGCGGAGACCCAAAGGCAAGAAGCUCCAGAAACGACGUUCAAAGGGAGACAGGUGCUACAACUGCGGAGGCCUGGACCACCAUGCUAAAGAGUGCAAGCUGCCACCACAGCCCAAGAAGUGCCAUUUCUGCCAGAGCAUCGACCACAUGGUUGCCAACUGCCCAAUCAAAGCACAACAGUCCUCGCCGGGUUCUCAGGGAAAACCGUCCUCCUUGAAAGGAGACGAGGAGGAGCACAGCCACUCGGCACUGCCUCCCGAGACCUCCGAUUAAAGGGCGGGAAUCGGGCAACACUGACGCCGGGGAAGCACAGAGGCCAAUCAAACUGCUUUGAUGGAGGGACGGGGAAUCACACGACCCCCUUUCCACCUGUCGAGGCUGCUUUUGGAACUACCUCAGGUUUAAAAAAAUACUCAUGGAAAAUGUUGCUGAAGUUUUUUGUUUUGUUUUUUAUUUCAUUUGGUGUAACACUCAGGAAUACUGCUGUAUUAUUGCACUCAGGACGCUUUCUAAAUGUAUGAAUCACUGCUGUUUUUUGUUUUUCUUUAGGGCUUUGAGAUUGUAGUGAGUAAUGCCAUAUAACAGACUAUCUUACUGAGUUUUUGUAGAACCUUCAUUGUUUUAUGUGAUAUUGUGCCUCUCCUGUGGGCAUUAUACCUCCUUGUUUUUUGCGUAAUACUCCGUGUGUUAACAAUGGAGCUACACUUUUGCUGCCUUACCCUUUAGUCUAAUUCCUGACUGUUACACCUCACUAUCCGACAAGGCAGAGACGUGACAGAUGGUACCUCUGUAAUGAAUGUUAGCUUGCAUAUCGCAUGGGAAACGGGGAGGGUUUGUGAAAACACAUGGGAUGGGUUUUAGGGUAUAGCUACAGGCAAUGUUUUGGCAUCUGCCAGUAUUGCAGUUGACCAUCCAGUUUUGCUGGGGCCAAAUGAAUGUCGGACCAGAAGUGGUUUUCAGCUCCUGGUCACUUUUGUUUUGUCAUUUCAUUUUUUUAACCCAGCGGUCUGCUGGCUGUCUAAAAGGUGCACUGUCUACCUCAUUGGUGCAUGUUUGGUCCUGCUACUAAAAGUGUCAUCCUAACCACUGAUGGCAAACCAAAUAUUCUCAGUACACGGCGUUUGGAUGUUUGAGAUGUGAAUUGGAAUUAAAUCAAAUCCUUUUGCACUACAGUAUUUACACAGGAUUUUGUGAUUGGUUGUAUUAUAUCUCAUUUUAGAGUGAUUUAGAACUUCCUGAAAAUCUUGCUCUUGCUGACAUCUAGUGGUUGAACAUCUCAGCUUUCAGACAUGUUCUGAACUCAGGAUAUUCUCUGCACAUGUCUGAGACAAAAAGAAAGUCCAGACCCAAUUGUAGAGAACUAUAUCACGUAGCUCAGCUGCUCAGUUGUCAAACACGGACAUCCAGCUCUGACGUUGUAAAGCUGUGCAGAUAUGGGUGUUUUUCGACAAUCCAACAGGCCCUUUGGACGGAGUGUACUGGCCACUUAAGUGUGGUUUGGUGUUCUCUGUUGUCCUAGGGAGCGUGAUGUUGUGUGGUGCUAUAGCUCCAUGCUACAUCGUAGGAAAACAUGUUGUCAACACUAUUUUGUUGAGAAAGCAAGAUUAUUAGAGUGGGUGCAGUUGAAGUUCCAACCAGAGAAGGCAAAUGCUGCUUUUCAAUCUGGUGUUAAAUGGCUCUUCAACCUUUCAGGGAGCUGGAAGCAUUACGAUGAUGAACUUUCCACAAAUAGUAUAUUCUCAUUUAAUGGCUGCUGUGUUAAGGGCUGCUGAUUUAUUACCGCAACUUGGACUUGAUAGACUUCCAACUAUGAUACUAAAAUCUAUACAUGUACAACAUAACUUCUAAUAAGAUACUUGACCUGGACUGAGUUAGUGAGAUGUCCAACUAGCUCUCCUCUUGAUACUUGAAUAAAAUGAGGCAGAAUCAGACAUGACGUUGCCAGUGGGAUGGCUGGUGUUUUUGUUUAUAUCCAGUGUGAUCCAUUUUUAGGUAGUUAUUUAAGACAUUACCUCCCUAUGACCCUUAGUAGGGUGAUAGUUCAGGAACACCGAGCCUGCGCGGAGGAGCAUGUAGAGAUAGCUAGCUAAUCAGCAUUUUACUCCAAUUUUACAGGAGAAGCUGAAGAGACUUUUACACCCAAUUAAUAUAUAUGUAAAAUUAUUCUAAAGCUUUUUUUAAGAAAAAAAAAACAUACUUAUUUAUUUUCAUCCAUGAGUGCUGCAGCUUCUCCUCCUCCUGUCGAAGCCUCUCAGCAAUGAAUGUUAGACAUCAGAAAACUGCCAAAUGUCAUUCAAAGCUUCAAAUAUCUUUUUAACAUCACGGUACUCGUAUUAUUUUGUACAUGUGUGCUUAAUAAAUCAUUGUCCUUAAUAAUCCAAUGCAGUGUGAACACAGUGAAACGGUAAUAUUGCAAUACAAGAGAGUAACAAUAUGCAGCACACACUGUACAGGUACAUAGUAUUAUGAGGGCUGACUUAAACUAAGUUUCUUUUAUUUCCUUUGCCUUGUAUGAUUUAUUUUUUUCAAUUUUUGUGAGUCUUUCAGAAGAGAGGCGCGUUGUUACUCCUAUCUAUGCCAAAGCCAAUGCAAUGUUACUCUGCACUAAUCAUGUGUAAGAUGCAUUCAUUUCUUUUUUUAUAUAUUCAGUUUAAAGUCUUUUGAAUAUAUAUUUCUUUUUACUUUAUUAUUUAGAUUUUUUUUAUAUACCUCACACAGUCCGUUGCUGGUUGGGAAAAAUAUAACCUCCGCUCUUUGUCUCAUCUCAGGAAAUGCCGAUCUGAAAACUCAGGGAAUGCUUCAGAUUGCUUAGAAAGAGUCGGUGUGUUUAUUCAAGACAGAAUCACGAUUAAUUGCUCAUGAUGUGAAACACAGGUCAAAGGAGCCACAGAAAAUGGGCUUGGAGUCUGCGUUUCAAUGUCAUGGUGCAACAGCUUCUCUUUUUAUCCACAAAAAGUUAACAAACAAAAUGAAAACAGUUCAGAUUGAGAUCUACAAACUAUUUAGACUCACCUUUCCAUGCACACGACGUGAUGAUCUUUAUAUUUUCUCCUAUUUGACAUGAUAUGAUAUAUGAUAUGAAGAAUGUUCCACUAUUAGUAUUUUUUCCUCUAUAAUCGUCGUAGAUGGGGAUGUAGUAGAAUAUUGUUAAAGGGAUUGGGGCUAGUAGUAUAUAAUCCGGGUUUGUCUCAUCUCAACACACGGCCGAUACUUGGUGUUUCAGACUAUCAGUGCUUUCGACAAAAAGAAUGUGUCAUGGACGAAUUAACACUCAGAUCUUGUUUCAUACUCCGCUUCUAGUUGGUGUUUAUAUAUGUUUUCCAAUUUUUAGAAGGUUGCAUAAGGAAACAUGGUUUUGAUAAUUCUACUCAGGAUAUAAAAGGACAGAAAGAUUGUUAAAUCAAGUGGUCUUAUUGGUUGGAAUACUCCAAUUUUUCUGCAUUUUAACAUUGAACCUUCUUUUCUCUGCAUUAUGGGUAAACACAGAUGACUUCCUUUAUCCGUUUUUGAUUUUAAUUUUUCCUUUUUAAAAUCUACUCAAUACCUCAUUCAUCAAACUCUUAAUCUGUGAUCCCGAAACUCACUAUUUAGAUAAAGAUCGAAUGAAAGUGUUGUAUUGUAAUGUUUGCAAUAUUCUGCCGUACGUAGAUGUUUUCAAUGUAUCAUUUGAAAACGAAAGUCCACGAAAGACGUUCUGAUUGCAACAAGCCUGUUUGACCCCUCAUUGGUGUGUUAUUGUGAUUUGAUUGUCGGGUGUUAGAUGGGUUAGAUAUACCUUUUUAAAAAAAACAACCUGUAAGACUGCUCAGGGUAUCGUUUGCAGUACAUCAUGCUUUUCGUAGUACAUCUUGUUUGUGACCAUCAGCCAUUUAAUUUGUGGUGUUGUCUUUUAUCAGGUAAAUGGCUUGAGCUACUUCCAAAAAAACCUGCAUUUAUUACUGAUGAAUGUAUCAAUGUUUACUGCCAUAAACCUACAAUUACCUUGACCUCAGGCAAGUUAAUGGCUAGUUUUUCAAUGAUGAGCAGCAUGUAGGCUUUUCAAAGUAUUAACUGUGAUUAUGUUUCUAUGUGUAAAGAUCUGCUCCAUUUCCUAAUAAAUGUCAAUAUCCAUG